UCCGAUCCGUUCCGAUGUUUGGGCUAUAAAUAUGUUGGGAUGCUCGGGUAUCAAAUUAGUUCUAUAGUCAGCUUUGUCAGCAGAACAACAAUCUCAUCAUGAAAUUCUUCGCCAUCGUUUCGUUCGCCCUCGUGGCUCUGGUUGCCGGUGAUGUCGCCCACCUGAGCAAGACUUAUCUGCCUCCUCGUCAGGUUGCUGCUGCCACCUACACCGCACCUGUGGUCAGUGCCGCUCCCGCUCCCUCCUUCGUCGCCAGCCAGCAAUAUGUUGCUCCAGCUGCCAGCUACCAGAGCGCAUCUUUUGCCGCUCCAGCUCCUGCUGUUGAGAGCUUCGCCAGCGAGUCGUCCUAUGUGGCUCCUGCUGCCACCCAGACUGUCUCCUACACCGCUCCAGUGGCCAAGACUUAUGCCGCCCCCGCUGCCGCUAGCUUCGAGUCGUCAUACGUAGCUCCAGCUGCCACCCAGACUGUCUCUUACACCGCUCCAGCUGCCAAGACCUAUGCUGCUGCUCCCGCUGCCAGCUUCGAGUCCUCGUAUGUUGCCCCAGCUGCCACACAGACCGUGUCCUACACUGCUCCAGUUGCCAAGACCUAUGCCGCCGCUCCUGCUGCUAGCUUCGAGUCCUCAUAUGUUGCCCCAGCUGCCUCCCAGACUGUUGCCUACACCGCUCCAGUUGCCACCUUCGCCGCCAAGUCUUAUGCUGCUCCUGCUGCCAGCUUCGUCAGCGAGUCCUCAUACGUUGCCCCUGCUGCCACCCAGACCGUCUCAUACACAGCUCCCGCUGCCAAGACCUAUGCCGCACCUGCUGCCAGCUUCGAGUCCUCAUAUGUUGCCCCAGCUGCCACCCAGACUGUGUCAUACACUGCCCCAGCCGCAGCCACCUUCAAGGCCACCACUUAUGAGGCUCCUGCUGCUGCCACCUUCACCAGCGAGUCCUAUGCCGCUCCAGCUCCAGUUGCCGCUGCCUCCUACACAGCUCCUUCCUACUCCAGCUCUGGCAUCGACACCGUUUACGGAUCCAACGGUGGUUACGUCUAUGCCAGACGUCUGGCAUCAGUAAUCGCUCGGUCAUCACCCAAGCACAACUCUGAAUUCGACAUGCGUCCCUUCACCAUUUGCACUGCGUUGCUCGCACUUGCCGCCCUGGGCGUGGCCAGUCCUUUGGGCAGCACCUACCUGCCACCUCAGGCCAAUGCGUACAGCAGCUACAACACGGCUGCCUCGAGCAGCGCCAGCUCGUAUGCUGCUCCACCAGCGGCAACUGGUGGUCACUAUGCUGCUAGCCGUUCUCAUGGAUAUGCUCCGUCGGCAGCUGCGCCAUCUCGUCAGUACCUGGCACCCGCUGUCCAUUCUCAACAGAGCUACUCGGCGGGAUACAACUCGGGUUAUGCCUCAACGCCAGCCGCCUCGCGCAGCAGCUACAGCGUCGCCCCAGUGGCAGCUCCAUCUCGCCAAUAUCUGGCGCCAGCGACAUCCGUAAGCAGCUACUCCACCUCGGGUGCCACGAGCUACUCGGCUCCAAGGACCUCGUACAGCAGCCACUCGUCAUCUGCAGCUGCAGCUCCUUCGCGCCAGUAUCUCGCACCUGCUGCUCACAGCAGCUACUCCGCUCCAGCUGCAUCUCACAGCAGUUACUCAGCACCCUCACACAGCAGCUACUCUGCUCCCGCUCGCAGCAGUUACUCCGCUCCAGCUGUUUCCCACUCCAGCUACUCCGCAUCGGCUUCAUCAUAUGCCCCCGUCGCAGCUCCAUCGCGUCAGUAUCUGGCUCCUGCCGCUUCUCAUACGAGCAGCUACUCUGCUCCAGCUGUCUCCCGCAGCAGCAGCUACUCUGCUCCAGCUAUUUCCCACUCCAGCUACUCUGCUCCAGCCGUCUCCCGCAGCAACAGCUACUCCGCUCCAGCUCGCUAUGCAGCGUCGUCUCAUGGCCAGGGUUAUGGCAGCCUUUCGGCGGCUUCUUCUGGCUCAGCGCGUAGCCAGGGUCAGGGCUAUGGAUAUUCCGCACCUGCUUCCUUCGGAGGUGGCUAUGCUCAGGGUGCAGCUGGCACUCGCUAUGCAGCUAAUGGAGGUUAUCAAUAUCGUUACAAGCAUUAAUCUGAUCCCUGAUCUCUGAAGGCAAAACAACUCGAAUUCAAUCAAUACUUUUUUUUUUUGUUUGUUUUUUUAAUAAUAUAAAUAAUCGAAAGCAAAGUGUGCAAUAAAUGCGAAAUACUCCGAAACAUUAUUCUUAA